GUCAGUAAAGGAGCUGAAGGUGAAAAGAACUUACUUAGACUUGGACUCGGGCCACAAUUACUCCUCCAAAAGAGCUAAACCGUUUGGACUUUUCGCCGUCGUUCAUAAGGCACUCGCGUGCGUUGCAAUAUGGGGUGGAGUAUUCGUUUUGAUCACGUAUACGUUCUCUGUCUGCUUUGCUUGCACUCCUUCGCAUGGUACAACAGCACUUUCAACAGUGGAGGUUUCUCUGCUGGUUUCUGCCCUGCUACUUUUGUUGCGCGUGCAGCGUCGGUUCAGCAGCCCGAGAGACGCGAUGGUGAGUCGCAGCGCCCGUUCAGACGAAGCAGCAAUGUUAGAAGCACGACUCGAGAUGACAGAGAGGGACCGGGUGCUGCUGACGGAACGGCGGAAGAGCAGCAGGUUGAGGAUCGAUGGCUAGCUGAGCACCUGCAGCAGCUGGAAAUAAACGACGAGGCUGUGCUGGCGCAUAGAGCAGGCAGAGCCUACGCAGCGGAUCAUGUCAGCGGUCGCUCAUCAUCUUACGCUCCUGUUGAGAUGUAUGAAGACGAUCAGCUAGAUUCGCUCGUUAGGGGCAAUGGCACCUCCGACCCCGUGAUCGUCCCGGGAGGGAGUCUUCUGACUGAGUUUCAGGAUGCUUUGUUCCAGUACUUUUUUCGAGAUAUCGAGGACAUUCUCCAGCAACCGGAGGGAGGCGCCGGGACAGGAGCAGGAGGUGGAGACAGCAGAAUCACGAACGAAUCCUCGGUGCAAGACUUGGAAGACCGAGCUCCACUUGCCUUCCAUGUGGGCGAUUGCACACAGUGUGUGAUCUAUCGUUCGAAAAAAAUGUUCGACUGGUGUAAGAGUUUUGCACGAUUUGCAUCCGACGUUUGUUUUACAUGACACCAAAGGUUGUUCCGGAGGAAAGACACGGCCCAAAAAGGCUCAUAUUUAAGUUUAACGACAUUUUUUUCUUUCGAUAUGAUCUGUAUCGGAGAGUUCCC